CCAGAAUUAUUAUAGCCGGAAAUUUUAUCGCCCACUUGCCGCCGCUAUGAAUGGACGGCAGUUCCCGCCAGAAUUUCAGCCGAAUACUUUAUCGGCCACGUGCGUACAGAAAGUCAUCGAGGCACAGGACUCGCCAUAGCUAAAAGCUAUGUGAGCGAAGUCGCCAUAGCUAAAAGAUAUUUGAGCGUACUGAAAGCAUCGAGGGGCGGAAUUAGAUCACCCUCGUUCGCGGUCGUAAGCGUAGAAGGUAGGGGUGGGGGUUAUGCUCAUUUGUGAGCGUAGAAGGUAAUAAGGGUGGGGGUCAUUCGUGGAUGAGGGAGUAGUGGGUAAGGGACAUUUUUCUUCUUGUAAGUGAGCGUACAAGGCAAGCUAGGGGUCGUUCUUGAAUGUGACUGUGGGAGGCGGUGGGAGGGGGGAGGGGGAGGGGUCAUUCUUUUAUCUGUUAGCGUAGAGGCGCAACGGGGUGACGUGACUUCAACACGACGAUCGUACGAUCGUUGUACGGUUGAAGUAUACGCCGCUUGGAGGUGACAAGGGGAGUUAAGAGCAGCAGCUUCAAUCCAAGUUCUAGCUAUGGCGGCGGCGGGAAGGCAAGAUGGGCUGGCUAUGGCGGACGGGCUAGUUCUUGUAGACGACGACGGCACUUAUGAUUACGAUCUCGUCACGAUUGGAGUGGGAAGCGGAGGGACUCGAGGCUCGCGGAUGGCAGCAAGCUAUGGAGCCAAGGUGUGUUCUUCGAGGAUGUGUACCCAAGAAGAUUUUAGUCUAUGGUUCACAGUUCGGUUCUGAGUUUGAGGAUGCUGAAGGCUAUGGGUGGAAACUGGAGAAGCCGGAAUUCGAUUGGAAGAAAUUGAUUGUCGGCAAGACAAAGGAGAUUGAACGGUUGAAUGGCAUUUACAAGAGGAUACUAGCAAAUGCCGGUGUCACUUUGAUCGAGGGGGAGGGGAAGCUUUUGGACGCGCACACAGUGCAAGUGACACCCCCCGCAGGGGAGGUCAAGUACAUCACUGCAAAGCACAUACUGAUUGCGACGGGGAGCCGUGCUGCGGUGCUUAACAUUCCGGGCAAGGAGUAUGGUAUUACCUCAGAUGAAGCUCUUAGCCUGGAGCAGUUCCCGAAGAGAGUUGUUGUUGUGGGUGGAGGGUAUAUAGCUGUUGAGUUUGCCGGGAUCUUUAAAGGAUUGGGCUCAGAAGUUCAUAUCAUGUAUAGGAAAGAGUUGCCUUUGAGGGGGUUUGAUCAGGAAAUGAGAGUUAUUGUGGCUGAAAACUUGAAGGCGCGAGGCAUCAAAGUCCACGCAGGUCUUAAUCCGAAACGUAUUGAAAAGACGGCGGAUGGGCUCGUUGUUACGACGGACAAGGGCGAAAAACUUGUCGGGGAUGUGGUAAUGUUCGCAACAGGUCGGAAGCCGAAUGUAAGGCGGUUAAACCUGAAGGCGGCGAGCAUUGCAACGGAUGAAGUCGGCGCCAUCGUUGUGAACGAGUAUUCACAAACAAAUGUCCCAAAUAUUUGGGCUGUGGGCGAUGUGACCAAUCGAAUCAAUCUUACGCCAGUGGCGUUGAUGGAAGGGAUGGCUUUUGCGAAAACAGUUUUCGGACGACAGCCGACAAAGCCAGACUACCAGUUUGUUCCCUCAGCUGUCUUCUGCCAGCCUCCAAUGGCGGUGGUUGGCUACACUGAAGAUGAAGCUGUAGCAGAGGGAACGGGUGAUAUCGUCGUCUACACCUCGAGUUUCACCCCUAUGAAGAACACAAUCUCUGGGCGAUCGGAAAAGACGUUGAUGAAACUCAUAGUGGACUCCGCCACCGACAAAGUUCUGGGGGCUGCCAUGUGUGGUCCGGAUGCUGCCGAAAUUAUGCAGGGUAUAGCCAUUGCAAUGAAAUGCGGUGCAACAAAGGCGCAGUUCGAUUCCACGGUUGGAAUACAUCCUUCAGCUGCUGAGGAAUUUGUUACAAUGCGAACGCCAACCCGGAGGGUUGCUGGGAGAAAGAAGGGGGCAAAUCUAUGAUUAAUGCCGAAGGUGAUAUUAUUAUGAGACCUAGAACGGAAGAUGACAUCAAUAACUGUUGUUUUUCGUUUGAAAGUUGUUGGAGGGGGAGAGGUGAAGAAAAACAAAAACAAAAAAAAAAGAGAGCGAUAAUUGGGUGGAGCACAUGUUGAGGUCUGCGCAACAUUGUAUAGACGCCACCUUUUCUUUUCGCUUUUUUUUCCCCUUCGGUUUCGAUGUUAGUUUGUGAAGGUUUCGGCAGCAGCAUGGCAGCCAGUUGCAGGGGCUGAAUAGGUCAUUUAGCCUUAUAAAAUGCGUUUGGUUGGAUGGCGGGGGGUUAAAGGCCCUGUUGUCCCCAUCGUAUUAUUUUCUGAUGAUCAAAGCCGUGAACACUGGGCCCAUUUGUAAAAAAUAAUAAUAAAAGUUAUAAGACUAA